GGACAGUAUAUGGGUACCAUCGGCGCUUCAGGAGCGCCGUUGGCGAGGCGAGGCAGGUCCCUGGAAGAACAUCUAAUCGCGAACCGCCGCCAUGUCUGGCUUUGAGAUAGCCGGCAUUGUCCUGGGGUCAAUACCGCUCGUCAUCUCUACCUUGGAGCACUAUGGUGACGGCUUGUCGACACUCCAACGAUGGCGGAGAUAUCAGCGCGAGCUGCGGUGUCUCACCAGGAACCUCGAAACCGAGCGCGUCAAACUCCAAAACGUAUGCGAGAAACUCCUCAUCGGCAUCGUUCCCCCAUCGCGUAUCGAGAUCAUGAUCAACAAUCCGAUGGGGAAUCUCUGGAAAGAAGAGGAAACGCAAAGAAAGGUCCGAGUCCGGCUCUGGAAAGGCUUAGACGCGUUCGAGGCCACCAUUGGCGACGUUGAGAGGGCGGUUGGUGAGAUGAGCCGACGGAUCGCCUCUCAACACGGCCCUCAAGCAUCAGAGUUCAGGCGCGCCGUCUUCACGCUAAGCCGCUCACAAUAUACCGACCUACUCUCGACAAUACGAGACGGAAUAUCGAAUCUCGAGAACCUUACCGAUCGCAAUAUGGAGCUCGAGCCGGCAAGGAGGCUCCGCUCUCAGGGCAGGUUUUUUAUGCUUGUUCGCGAAAUGUCGAAGAGCAUAUAUCACGCCAUACGAUACGGCCUGGACUGCUCAUGUGGUCACGAUGUCGGCCUCAGGCUAGAGAGCCGAACCGCAGACUUCAUUCCGACCGACGACGACGAGAAAAUCAUGAGUGAUACGGCAUUCAAACUCGCACUAUCAUACAGCUCAAGCCACGAAUACCCCGAACUCGCGGCAUGGGGCGAGAACGCGAGAAUAUGGGAAGAAAUUCGAGUGCUGCGCGCCCCAGCACCGGAUGUUAAAGUACGUCCCCAGGACAUACAACAGGCAGUCGCCCCCAGACGGCCGAGGGGCUUUAGGACCAAGAAAACAGUCGCCUUUGCCCAGUUGUCGCGAGCACAUUCGUCCACGACAGCCACUGUUGUGCAGACGGAGAUCAGCGCUCAACAUAGAAGUUUACAUACUUCCAUAUCCAACAUCACAAUGGGCGUCGCGAGCAUAGGACUGAUGAGCUUUGGCUCGACAACAGACUUGUGUCAGAAAAUACAGAGUCCGAAGGAUGUCAGCGUUCAAACAUGCGGGCUUAUUGUUGAUCACAUAUCGCCGACGCCUAGAACUUACGCCGUAUAUCGUGCACACCAUAACACGACUUCGGUACACGAGAAUCUGAACAUCCGACCGCGGUCGCUUAUCACCCUCAAACAAGUCCUGGAACAGAGAGUGCACAUUCCUUAUAGAGACCGGUUGCAGCUGGCUGCAACGAUUUCAUCAAGUGUCCUGCAACUUCAUGGCAGCCCCUGGCUACAUCGCAGCAUCAGUAGCCGUGACAUUUUCUUUAUGAAGACGCACGACUAUCCACUAUGGAAUCAUCCCAUAGUCAUGAAACGACACAAGGGUGUGGAAAUGACGAAUGAGAGAUGGACUGAUUCCGUGUUUUGCAACUCUACACUGUUCUCUCUCGGCAUUCUUCUCAUCGAGAUCAUUAUUGGCAAGCCCUUCGACUCACUUCAGACACCAAAUGAGAGAUCCUCCCGGGCACCGGAAGAAAGCUCGCCUCAGACGUCAGACAAGAGUGCGGCCUCAAUCUUGGGCAAGAGUUCUUCCGCCACGUUCCUGGAGGAUUACAUUACUGCGCAGCGUCUAGUGGACCAGCAUAUCCGGAUGGCCAGCUCAAACUAUGGGACGGCUGUGACGCGCCUCAUCGACGGCAACAUGCAACUGCGCCACUUCCGCGAUGCUGCGGGUAUGGAUAGUGAGGAUUGUUGUCAAGAGAUAUACUCGGGAGUCGUGGCCUUGAUAGAGAAAGACUUGGAGUAUAUUUAGACCUGCGAGACACAAGAGGCUUGGUAGCGAUAAGAUUCACCAAGCAAGGUGCAGUAUUUAAUGGGGCCACGAUAGGGGCAAGACACAAUACGAUAGAUGAGGUAAGGGCAACAAUGAGCCUGAUGUGGGGAGGCAUCUAUAGUUAGGUCAAGGCGUGGUAGAGCUGAGAGGUGGCGAGGGCCGUUAGAACAACCGUGAUACCCACACGACUUUGCAAAAGAAUCCUUCCCAGGCUUCCAAGAGGGG